UGUUGCACAGUGGGCAAAUGUGUGCCAGUCAGUCAACAACUUCAGCAACUUAAAACACAAGCUAAACUGGACCGAAUUGACCAAAGUCACAAGAGACGGUAACUCCAAUGAGACAUUAAGUGACUACUGCGCGUUGUUGCCCCUGCAAUAUAUGGAAUGGAUUGCUCAACAGACGAAUAUUAUCACAGUGGACAAUGUCACAAGUGCCCAAAGUGUUCACCCGGCCAAGAAUUGAAAGAGGACUGUGGUUAUGGUGUAGGUGUGUCAGCAGUAUGUGGCAUGUGUGACUUUAGGUGGUUUAAGGAAGACUGGGGUUCUCACCCUUGCACACUGUGCCAGAACUGUCGUAGACUUAACAGACACCAAAUCAAGCACUGCACACACACCGAAAAUGCAGUCUGUGGAAACUGCCUCCCUGGAUUCUACAGCAAAAUGCGAUUGGACGGAUUAGAAGAUUUGGAAUGCCUUCCUUGUGGCCCCGCCCCUUUCAGAAACAUAAUGUGUAGCCGAGGAGAAGGGAUUGGUGUGGAAAAAGUCCAAACCUCAGCCCCUCCUAUCCAAAAUGCUUCUUCCAUAGUGACUGCUUGUGCAGCAACAGCUGUAUUAACAACUGUCCUGUUUGCCAUUUUGUGUGUCACCUACCAGACACGGUCUUCACUCAGGAAAACAUGCAAACGUUGUUUAUCUCCGGUAAGCAACAGUCACCACAACACUGAUGCUGUCUCGGUUACCAUGCCAGCCCUACACACAGUAAUGCAGAACACAGAAGAGGACAGAUCAAAUCCUUGCCUGCCAUUGAAGGACCCCUGCAUGCUUGAUGACAUCACCACCACGGUAACCUCUGAUCUUGGCCUGCAUGAGUGUGAGUUUCUUCCUCUGAUGAGAAACUCAGCCUGCACUGAUCCAGCAAUGGGAGUCAUCAUGCAGGCAACAGAAACGCAUGAUGUUUCUUCUUUAGACUCUGCCCUCUACAGCCAGCAUGUCAUUCUCACUCUGGAUGGAGGACAGUCUACAGUGAGACCCUGUUGUGCCGUAGAGCAGCAGACUGCCUGGGGGUUUCAUGCUCCAGUAGAGUGUACUGAACUGGACAUUCAGCACCUCUCCAUCGCCUCAGAGAUCCAGACAUUUAGAACUUCAGACUUCAUUGCCAGAAAUAUCUCACAAUGUAUGUAGGCUCAGACUCCACUCUGCCCUCAGACCUGAUGCUGCGAGACCUGGAGAGAGAAAGAAGAGAAGGUGGAAAAGGAGAUUGUUAAUGUGAAGAGAGAUCACAGCUGUGAAUGUAUGAUCACAACAUUAAUAAUAAUUCAUUUUUCUUGAACACCAAGUCAGCAUAUUUGAAUGAUUUCUGAAGGAUCGUGUGACA